AUGGCAUCCGUCGGAGACCCGGACGACGGCGGGGAUCGGGCGCGGCCUGAGCCAAACGCCCCCGUGCCGGGUUCGCCAUCGGUACAGAGGAGUGCCAUUCCGACUCCCGUGGCCUCGACACCAGCCGUCCAGGGGCCGGACGUGUCUCUCCAGCGGCCUGCCGCCGUCGGAGGAGCUCACCGAGGGGACGAUGCGCUGGUGCCGGAGCUGCCAGCGGAGCCCCUCCUGGGCUCCCCACGUCCGGAUGACAUGGUACUCGCGAGCGAGGUGGGCCAGGUGCCGGUCCACUUGGGGCGAGUUGGACCCGAGGAACCAGAGCUGCUGCGGAUACCAGUUCGUGCCGACGACCGGGAGAUGCUGGCCCUGGUGGACACCGCAGCCAGCCGAUCCUUUGUCGCGGCUCACCUGGUCGCCGAGGAGGAGGUGGUACCGCGCCCGGAGCAGGUGCAGCUGGCCAAAAGGGACACCAGCAUGACGGCGAGGGGCACAACCCAGGUAACACUGAACAUCGUUGGUCAUGUCAGUCGCAUCGAGGCCUGGGUGGUCCCCGACCUGCGCGAGGGGCUGAUCUUGGGAGCACCAUGGCUGCACGAGGUCGACGCCGCUGUGGAGGUGCGGGCCGGACGGAUGCACUUCGGCACCCGUGGGCGCUGGACGGUGUAUGGCAUCCACCAGAGACCCCCUUCCCCUCCUCAGUCAGUCACCCGCCUGGAGGACCUCCAGCACAACGUCCCGGCAGAGUAUGCUGACGCCAUCGGUCGGGCCCUCGAGUCCCGACCUCAGGUAUUUGCGGCGGCGGACCGGUUAAGGCGCACGACGAUGACAGAGCACAGUAUCCCUAUGGUGCCGCACCGCCCGCCGUUUGAGAGGGUGCAUGGGUUCGGGCCCCGGGAGCGCGAGGCGAUCCAGUCCCAGGUGGACGAGAUGCUGCGCGACGGAAUCAUCGAGCCCAGCACCUCCCCAUACAACUCGAGGGUGGUGCUGGCCACUAAGAAGGACGGGAGUUUACGCUUCUGCAUCAACAUCACUGACGCCUUGGCCGGGCUGGGGGACGCAAAAAUUUUCACGACGCUGGACCUGAAGUCGGGCUACUGGCAGGUGCCGGUAUGCCCCGCCGACCGUCCGAAGACGGCGUUCACUGCGCCAGACGGUCGGCAGUACCAGUUCUGUGCCAUGCCGUUCGGGCUCAUGGACGCCCCGGCCACGUUCCAGUCUAUGAUGGUGCGCGUCCUGGACGAGUACAUCGGCGUCUUCGCCAGUGCCUAUCUGGACGACGUCAUCGUCUAUUCUGGGACGCUGGCCAGACAUGGACUGACUUGUUCCCCGAACAAGUGUCACAUCGGGGCUGAGGAGAUCGUGUUCCUGGGGCACCUGGUGACGGCAGAGGGGUGCCGUCCGCGUCCUGCCCAGCUGGAACUCAUAGAGGAGAAGCAGGCGCCGAAGACCAGAAAGCAGCUCCAAAAGCUUAUGGGACUGCUGAACUGGCUGCGGUCUUUUGUGCCUGACUUCGCGACGAUCACGGCCCCGAUGACUGACCUGUUGUCACCGAAGGCCAAGUUCCAGUGGACGCCCGCCGCGGACAAGGCCCUGCGCCAGGUCAAAGACCGUUUCCGGAACUGUCACACGCUGUCGCGACUGAAACCUGACCAACCCAUCUUCGUCCAGACGGAUGCCAGUCAGGAGGGGAUGGGUGCGGUGCUGUACCAGGUGGACGGCGACGGUGUCCGGCGUUUGAUUGAGUACGCCAGUGCGAAGUUUGGGCCAGCUGAGAGGAGGUACCACGUGAACGAGAAGGAGUGCCUGGCAGUCGUCUGGGCUCUUCAGCGCUAUCGGCACCAACUUGAAGGCCGCUUGUUCACACUUAGGACCGACAGCCAGUGCCUUCGCUGGUUGGACUCCGCUCAGGGCCGGAAGUCCAAGUUCACUUGCUGGGCCAUUCUGAUUCAGGAGUUCUCGUUCUCGGUGGAACACGUUCGGGGACGGGAAAAUCAGCUGGCCGACGAGCUGUCCAGGAAUCCGGAUCCCACGAGUGUGUUCCGCGACGACCAGGGCUGGGAGGAGGUGCUUCCCCCGAUUCAUGAGCCCGUUGUCGAGAACCCGGGGCCGCGGCCGUGCGAGUUGUAUGCGCUGCCCGGCCCCGCUGUCCCCGAACCAGACACGCCACCGGACGCUAGCCGACUUGCUUUCGCGGACCAGGGGGCCGCACAAUUCGGGCAGGUGGCGGACCCACGUGCCGCCAGAGGCCAGGCGGUGGGCACUGUGGUAUCUGCACGACCACCCCCUGGCUGGACAUCCCGGUGCAGAGCAGACACUGCGGGAGAUCCGACGGACAUUCCGCUGGCCGGGGGACGCGGCAGAGUGGAUAUCAUGGGGCCGUACCCUCGCACGUCCCGCGGCCGGCGCUUUAUCGUGGUGGUCACGGACGUCUUCACCCGCUGGGUGGAGGCGUUCGCCGUGCCAAACAUCGUUGUGGGUCAGGCGCGCUCAGGGAAAAGGACUAAAUAA